AUGGACAUUCUUUCCUUCAUGAUUAUGGUUACGUGCAUACUUGUUUCCCUACUCAAAAUUUCUCUAGGAAAUGAUUCUCUUAAGGCGCCACAGUCAUUGAGUGACGGACAGACCUUGGUGUCAAAAGGUGGAAUGUUUGAACUUGGGUUUUUCAGCCCAGGUAGUUCCCAGAAACGUUACCUUGGCAUUUGGUACAAGAAUAUCCCAACUCACACAUUUGUUUGGGUAGCUAAUGGGAUGAACCCCAUCAAUGAUUCCUCGGGUAUCUUAACACUCAACAACACAGCCAAUCUUGUUCUCACCCAAAAUGGGUCUCUUGUUUGGCACACCAACGUUCAAAAACAAGCACAAAAUCCAGUGGCAGUGCUCUUGGAUAGUGGCAAUCUUGUGAUAAGAAAUGAGGGGCAAACAAACCCAGAAGAUUAUUUGUGGCAAAGCUUUGACUAUCCAUCUAAUACACUCUUGUCAGGGAUGAAAUUAGGAUGGGACCUCCGAAAUGGUCUGGAACGGAAAGUGACAUCUUGGAAGAGUCCAGAUGAUCCAUCCCCAGGUGAUGUUCAUUGGGUUUUGAAACCCUAUAAUUAUCCUGAGUUGUAUCUGAUGCAGGGAACAAAAAGGAUAUUGAGAUACGGACCUUGGAAUGGCGUAUACUAUAGUGGAUUACCAGAUCUAAGGAAUAACACCAUUUUUGGCAUCAUUUCUGUGAGAAAUAAGGAAGAGAUUUACGAAUCCUUUAGCCUCAUAGAUAAUUCUAUCCUCUGCAUAGGUGUAAUAAACCAAACAGGUAGAAUUUAUACCUAUGUAUGGGCGGAGGGUGAUCAAGUAUGGAGGACAUAUGUUUCACAACCAAAAGACUUUUGCGACUCUUAUGAUCUCUGCGGCGCCUAUGGGAUAUGCAUGAAUUCAGAAACACAAGUAUGCCAAUGUUUGAAAGGUUUUAGUCGAAAGUCACCACAAGCAACUGAGUGGAGUCAAGGAUGUGUCCGCAAUGAACCGUUAAGUUGCAACGGUACAGACAAAGAUGGGUUUGUGAAAUUUGAAAGGUUAAAAGUUCCAGAUUCGACUCAUACAUGGGUGGAUGAGAGUAUUGGUCUAGAGGAAUGCAGAGUGGAGUGUUUGAGUAAUUGUUCUUGUAUGGCCUAUACAAAUUCAGACAUAAGAGGUACAGGUAGUGGUUGUGUCAUGUGGUUUGGAGAUCUCAUUGACUUGAAACAGUUUGACACUGGAGGGCAAGAUCUAUAUAUCAGGAUGUCUGCUUCGGAGUUAAAACACAAGAAGAACACACUCACGAUAGUUGCUUCCACCGUUGCAGCAAUUAUUGGUGUUUUGUUAUUAUUAAGUUCUUAUUUUAUCUGCAGAACCCGGUGGAACAAUGCCGUUCUCCUCAUUGCAGAGAAAGACAAGGGCGUGAAGGAUGAUAUUAAUUUACCAACAUUUGAUUUUUCAUCCAUCUCCAAUUCCACAAAUCACUUUUCAGAAAGUAACAAAUUGGGACAAGGUGGCUUUGGGCCAGUAUAUAAGGGCAUAUUAGGUGGACAAGAGAUCGCAGUGAAGAGACUUUCUGAAACUUCUAGACAAGGUUUGGACCAGUUCAAAAACGAAGUCAGGUUCAUUGCAAAACUUCAACACCGCAAUCUAGUAAAGCUUCUUGGUUGUUCUAUUAAGCAAGAUGAGAAGCUCUUGAUUUAUGAAUUCAUGCCCAAUAGAAGCUUAGACUACUUUAUUUUUGAGGAUAGGCCAAACAUGUCAUCAGUAAUUCUAAUGUUGAAUGGUGAAAAGUUAUUGCCCGAACCGAGUCAACCCGGAUUCUACACAGGAAAUGAUCAUCCGACCGAGGUAGAAUAUUCUCCAAGAUAUUCCACGAAUGAGAUGUCUAACUCUUUGUUGGAGGCAAGAUAA